AUGUCAUUAAUUCGUCGAGACCAUAUAGCAGGACAUACUCAUGAUCGAAGUAGAUCAAGUUCAAUAGAUGGGGAAAUAGAUUAUUCAUUGUGGACCCUUGAAAAAGUUUUACAAUGGCUUGAGGAUAACUCUUUUAGUGAAUAUAAACAAAUCUUUAUUGAUUUUUUUGCAUUACGUGACCUUAGAAAAAUUAAACAUUUAUUAAAAAAUGAAACGGAAGGUCGUUAUAAAUUGAUAACGGCUAUUAGAAAGAUAGGUGAACGGCCUUCAUUUUCAGAUAAGAGCUCUCAAGAUUUAUUAGGAGGUCUUCGUGACACAUAUGGUUCAUUAUCUUAUUCACCAACAACGCAUAAUUCAUCUCAAACACGCCUUAGUGCACCUAGUUUAUUGGAAGCUACAACAAACAAAACGCUUAAAUUAUCAACUAGUUUUCCUGACUUGCGUAAUGCAAACAAUCAUCAAAACAAUCAUUCAUUUAGUCCUACUAUUAAUCCAAGGAGUUCUUCGAUUGAUAAUGAAAAAUGUCCUCCUUCACCGAUAAGCAGAAAGUGGAAACCUUUUAUUAAUCAUCCAGCAAAUAACGUUGAUAAUAUUAAUAAUAUUAAGUCUAAACCUUCGUUUUCUAAUGGAAUUUCAAAUAAUUUAGAAGAUCCAAUAUCGUCAGCAACUUCAACACUAAACAAUUUUACAAAUUUACCCAAGCACAAUUUCCAGUUGACAUUUGAUUUUAAGAAUUUUCGUUUAGUUGAAUUAUCUGGGGAUGAACCAAGAUCUAAAAUAAAAAGAGUAAUAUUUUCACAAUUGGAUAUUGAUCCUAAUGAUUGUGAGAAUUAUACAUUUCAUUUGACUGAACUUGGACAAAAAGAAAUCGGACCAAGAUUAGAGGAUAAUGAUCUAAUUCACAAAUGUUUGAAUGCAGAUGAUCGAGGAACAUUAAAAUUUUUUGUUAAGCAUAGAUCAACAACAGAACCAAUUUAUCAUAAUUUACCAAUAAUGGCUAGCCAAAAUGAACUCAGAGCUAAUUCAUCACCGUCUAGUUUUUAUACAAGUGGUAAAUAUUUUUCAGGUGGUUUUAAUCCAACACUCCAAGAAGGUUGGAAAAGUACAGAAGAGUUUAGCCCAAUUACUGCAGAACCAUCAGAUAUUAAAUAUGAUCUACAAGACAUAAAACAUGAACUAGUUGACACUAUAGAAAAUGUUAGUAAUACUAGUGGUGGUAAACUUGCACGGGCUGUUUCAUUACGUAGAGGUGUAGAAUCGUGGAUUGUAAGGCCGACCACUGAAGAUGUAUUGGAGAACCUCGAACAAUUUUUUCCUGGACAUGAUCUUGAUAAACCGAUAACAGAAACACCUGGGACACCCGUAACACCUGUAACACCUGCACCUCCACAAAAUGCAAGUCAACAAGAAGAAAUUUCACCGUCAUCUAAAGUAAUAACAGAAAAAAGUAAUGGCAAUAAUGGUGAUGGUGGCCGUAGUGGUAACGGUGGUGCUAAAAUAACAAGAUAUAAAUCAAUUCGUUCAACACUUCAUGAGGUACACGAACGUGAAAAAAAUAAAAGGUUUAUUGAAGCUGUUAACGCGGUUAAAGCUAACCAACGGUUAGCUAGAAAACCUACUACCAAAUUUUGGGGUAAAAAAGCUGUUGAACAAAGACCAAUGAAAUUUUGUGAGCAGAAUGCGGAAAACAAUAUUAUGCAAGAUAAAACAACAAAUUGUUCAUCAUUAUCAAAUCAUGCUGUCAAAUGGGUAAAGGGUGAACUUAUUGGUAAAGGUACAUUUGGAAAAGUAUAUAUUGCGCUUAAUGUGACAACAUCAGAAAUGAUGGCAGUGAAACAAGUCGAAACUCCACGGACUCGAUCAGAUGAAAUAAAUCAAAGGCAAAGAAAUAUGGUAAAAUCUUUUAAAGAUGAAAUGAAAAUAUUAAAAGAUCUGGAUCAUGAUCACAUUGUACAAUAUAUUGGUUAUGAAGAAAAUGAAGAAGAAGUUAACAUUUUUCUUGAAUAUGUUAACGGUGGUUCAAUUGGUACAUAUUUAAGAAUGAAUGGUCCACUUAAGGAACCAGUUGUAAGAUCAUUCACACGACAAAUUUUACUAGGCUUACAAUAUUUGCAUAAUAGAGGAAUAUUACACAGAGAUAUUAAAGCAGACAAUAUUUUAGUAAAUGAGGAUGGUAUUUGCAAAAUAUCUGAUUUUGGGAUAUCGAAAAAAAGUGGUACAAUAUUUUGGAUGGCACCUGAAGUUUUUACUAAAGGUUAUAGUGCAAAAGUGGAUAUAUGGAGUUUGGGUUGUGUUAUACUCGAAAUGUUUGCUGGUGAAAGACCUUGGCCAAAUUUAUCAGAUCUUGCUGCAAUGUUUAAGCUUGGAAGCGAGAAAAAAGCUCCUCCAAUAAGAGAAGAUCUUAUAAUGUCAGCAGAAGCUAGAGAUUGUCUUGAUAAAUGUUUUAUAAUGCCAACCGCUGAAGAUUUAUUACUAUCACAUCCUUUUGUACACGAUGAUCCAGACUUCCACUUCAAAUGA